UUCAGGAGCGCAGCACAUCGCCUCCAAACGAGCCCUGGACUGCAGUUUUUCUGUCCUGACUCCAUCUGUGCUGCAAUUCAUAAUAAGAGGGAGAUUUAUUGGGAAUUGAAUCGUAUUCCUGCGUUACAAACCCGUACGCGGGGGACUUGAUAGGACCACGUCCUGCCGCCUUAACCCCUCUGAAAGGCAAGUCUCGGACUCUCCCGAGCUUUUGGAUUUUUUGGGGGGAGAUUUCGGGUCUACAAUUUAUGUAUUUUACGCCUUAAUCGGAUCGUACUGGGAUUUAAGGUGGGGUUUUUUCGCGACGCAGGUAACUGGAGAAUACCCCUCUGUCUCUUGUUGGUGAUACUUGAGCGGCACAUUUGUCGCUCAUCACGUCCGUUGGAUUUUCCAGCACGAGCCCUCAAGAGCCUAAUGAGAAGGUUUUUACGCGUCGAUAUGGAAUAAAUGAACUCCCGUUACCAUCCGAGAGUGAAUGUAUCCAGAGAGACAAGUGUGUGGACGGCGGAAAUCAUGUGCAAUAGGAUCAACCCUUCGGCGUCUGCAUUAUUAGUGCCACUUUUGACUGCUUUGAAGUGAACCCUUUGAGGAGCAUCCAAGGCGACACAGUAUUCUGGUGUUGUUUUACUGUGACGCCAGUGGGAGUCGCCUUCCUCAUCUCUGACUCUCUGACUGCCAGCUGAUCGGGAUGCUGAUGUGAAACCUGCGAUGGAGACCGGGGCUUGAUAUCUGGACCUGGAAACAAAUCAACAAUGGACCGGCUGGUUCUGUGCGUGCUGCUGUGCGCAGCUCUGGCGAAGGGAUACAGCUGCCCGGGCCGCUGCAUUUGCCAGCACCUCUCACCCACUCUGACCCUGCUCUGUGCUAAGACCGGUCUGUUGUUCGUGCCCCCCUCCAUCGACCGCAGGACCGUGGAGCUAAGACUCACAGACAACUUCAUCACCAUCAUCCGCAGGAAAGACUUUUUCAACAUGACCAGUUUGGUGCACCUCACGUUGUCCCGUAACACCAUCAGCCAGAUCAUCCCUCUAGCCUUUCUCGGCCUGCGGUCCCUGCGGGCGCUCCACAUGGACGGGAACCGCCUCAGUGCGAUAAAGACAGACCACUUAAAAGGCCUCAUCAACCUGCGGCACCUCAUCUUGGGCAACAACCAGAUCCAUCAGGUGGCCGACACCGCCUUUGAUGAGUUUGUCGUCACGAUAGAGGACUUGGAUCUUUCCAAUAACAACCUGCGCACCCUUCCCUGGGAAGCCAUAGCCAGAAUGACCAACAUUAACACGCUCACGCUGGACCACAACCUGAUUGACCACAUUGGAACGGGGACUUUUACACUGCUCACCAAGCUGGUGCGCCUGGACAUGACGUCUAACAGGCUGCAGAAGCUGCCGCCGGACAGCCUGUUCCAGCACGCUCAGGUGCUGUCGGACACUACGGGCUCAAGCUCCUCCACCCUGGCUGUGAGCUUUGGAGGAAACCCUCUUCACUGUAACUGUGAGCUGCUCUGGCUCCGCAGGCUGACACGAGAGGACGAUCUGGAGACCUGUGCCUCGCCGGACCACCUCAUGGACAAGUAUUUCUGGUCCAUCCAAGAGGAGGAGUUUAUCUGCGAGCCUCCACUGAUCACAAAACAUCUUACCACAAAGCCCUACGUGAUGGAAGGGCAGGGUGUGACUCUCAAAUGCAAAGCAGUGGGUGAUCCAGACCCAGAAAUUCACUGGCGGUCUCCAGAUGGCAAGCUGGUGCAUAACAACUCCCGCACCAUCCUUUAUGAUAAUGGCACCCUUGAUAUUCUCAUCACCACGCUGAAGGACAGUGGGGCCUUUAAUUGUGUGGCCUCCAAUGCCGCAGGCAUCGCCACAGCUGCUGUUGAGAUCAACAUGAUCCCCUUACCCUUGUUUGUUAACAACACAGGCCACAUGCGUGAGGACCCCGGCCUCUCAGACAUCACCACCUCCUCCAAAUCUGGCAAUGACACCAAGGGCUACGACAAGCAGGACAGGAGGGUGAUGGUGAGCGAGCUGACCUCGUCCUCCGCUGUGAUUCGCUGGCCAUCAGAGCGCCACAUCCCUGGCAUCAGGAUGUACCAGAUUCAGUACAACAGCACCGCAGAUGAUACUUUGGUGUACAGAAUGAUCCCAUCUACCAACAAGAACUUCUUAAUCAAUGAUCUGGCCGCAGGGCGGGAGUAUGACCUUUGUGUGCUGGCGGUUUACGACGACGGUAUCACAUCGUUAACGGCCACACGUGUGGUUGGCUGUGUGCUUUUCCACACGGCCAACGAGGUCAGCCAGUGCCGCUUCAUGCACAGCCAAUUCCUGGGAGGCACUAUGAUCAUUAUUAUUGGCGGUAUAAUUGUUGCUUCAGUGCUGGUGUUCAUUAUCAUCCUGAUGAUACGUUAUAAGGCCUACAGCGGCCCGGAGGACGACAAGUCCAAGGUCAGCUCCAGCAUGCACUCGCAGACCAACGGCAGCCAGCAGCGGCUCCAGCGCUCCGCUUCCAAGCAACCGUCUGAUGAGGGCCAGCAUGAUGCGCACGCACCCAAACAGUGCAUGGCGCUGGUGAUGAGGGCGGACAAUGAGAAGAAGGAGAAUCCAGCAGCCACCACUGCCAUCCUGGAGGUGGAGCUGCCUCCGAUGACUGCCGACAAGAUGAAGAGAAGAACCAGCCUGGACGCGCAGUGCUCCGGCCCGCCAUCCGAGGACACGCAGACGGACAGUAGCCUGACGGGCUCCACCAUGUCCCUGUGUCUCAUAGGCCCCAACGCUGGCACCAAGGAGGCUCCCAGGCUCAAGGACAAGAAAGGUGCCCUUGCCAACAUGGGAUUACUCCCUAAUGAGCUGGCACGAACUAGGCACAGAUUCUCUUUUGACGGAGGGGAUUACUCCAUUUUUCAGAGUCAUAGUUACCCACGCAGAGCGAGGACAAGGUGGCACAAGUCCACCAACCAGCUCAACACGGAGUCCUCGCCGCUCGCCAACAGGAGAGUUACGUUCAGCAGCACUGAGUGGAUGCUUGAGAGCACAGUCUGAGCAAAGCAGUGUAGCCGGGGGAAAAACAAAUGGCUCUGCAACUCACACAUGUAAAAUCACAACUAUGUCUACAUGCCAUAAACACACACUUUUCCCAUACAUAGCAAACUAUGAACACAAGCACAUUGACUUACACAUGCAAACUGUGUGUGAGUUGCUGGAGAAGAACACACCCCCCUUCAUCCUGCCUCCCCUUCAUACUCCCAGAGAGGUGUGUUGGCCAUGUCCUUUCUUUAUGCAGCAGUGCCUUAUUCUAAAAAGAUGUAUGAAUGGAGGAUGCUGCUCACUGUAGUCAUAAACUGUUCUCUCGAUCAUUGCCGCCCACCCUGAUGAUGGGAAGCAUAUCUUUGGAUUUUUUUUAAAUGUUCUUCUUUUUUUUCCUGUGACAUGCCAAGGGGGUGUGGCGUUUGGAUGUGACUGUUUAAUUGUUGAAAAAAAAGAGGAAAAAAAAAAGUCAUCAUUUCUGUAAAGUGAACAGCCAGGUAUCCUGUUAUGUCAAUCAUGUUUUGGGUUCUUUCAAACAAAAAAAAACUUUUGCACAGAAGACACGAGAUACAAUGACAUGUAUCACCACCAGUCUAUACAAUAAUAAUAAUUAAAAAAGAACAGGAUUUUACACAGACCGAUUUCUAAUGUUAGCAUAGCAAGGAUGGACUUGGAGACCAACCGUGGAUUCCUCUCUGACAGUCGGACUGUAUGAUGUUAAAUAGGUAUUGUUCCAGAUGUGACUGUAUAUUAAUCGGUUCUGUAUCUGGCUGGUCUAGAUAAAAAGACAACAAACAAAAAAGACAUAUAUAAGUAUAUUAAAACAUUGGUGUAUGUGUACUAACUAUGUAAGUAAGUAAGUCAUAUGUCACAUGACUUUUUACAAAGCAUUUGGGUGUUGGCUGCAAGUUUUUACAUUAAAAACCUGUGUCAUCACACCUCGCCCUAUUUAGUAUGUCAAAGUUUGGACCAUUUAUCCCCUCACGAAGGGAAUUAAACAUUUUG